AUGGCGACCCGAGCUAGAGCAAUGACCCUGGUCCUCCUCGCGGCCGUCCUCUUUGCCGCGGCAGCAGCUGCAGCCUCGAGGGAGGAUCGCCGCGGCGAGACCUCGCUGGGGCGUUGCCUGCAGCGGUGCGAGGAGGACCGGCCGCGGUACGAGCGGGCCCGGUGUGUCCAGGAGUGCAAAGAGCAACAGCAGCAGCAGGAGCAGGAACGGCGACGAGAGCACGGCAGGCAUGACGACGACCGCAACGGCCGUGACCGGCGCGGCGGUCGGUCUUCGUCGGAGGAGGAAGAAGACGAGCGCCAGCAGGGGAGGCGUGGCCGGCCCUACGUGUUCGGCCGGCGCAGCUUCCGGCAAGUCGUCAGCAGCGACCAGGGCUCCGUCAGGCUCCUCCCGCCGUUCCACCAGGCGUCGAGGCUCCUGCGCGGAAUCAAGAACUACCGCGUCGCGGUGCUCGAGGCGAACCCCCGCUCCUUCGUCGUGCCGAGCCACACGGACGCGCACUGCGUCUGCUACGUCGCCCAAGGCGAGGGUGUGGUGGCAAUGAUCGAGAACGGCGAGAGGCGGUCGUACGCCAUCCGGCAAGGCGACAUCUUCGUGGCGCCGGCAGGGACGAUCAAUUACCUGGCCAACACCGACGGCCGGAGGAAGCUGAUUGUCACCAAGAUUCUCCACACCAUCUCCGUGCCUGGCAAGAUCCAGUUCUUCUUCGGCGCCGGCGGGAGGAACCCGGAGUCGUUCCUGUCGAGCUUCAGCAAGCGCGUUCAGAGAGCUGCUUUCAAGAUUUCGGAUGAGAGGCUGGAGAAGCUGCUGGGGAAGCAGGACAAGGGAGUGAUCAUCCGUGCGUCGGAGGAGCAGGUGCGGGAGCUGCGGCGCCACGCGUCGGAGGGCGGCCACGGCUCGCACUGGCCGCUGCCGCCGUUCGGCGAGUCGUCGCGCGGGCCUUUCAACAUCCUGGAGCAGAGGCCCCGGUUCGCCAACCGCCACGGCCGCCUCUACGAGGCCGACGCCCGCAGCUUCCACGACCUCGCCGAGCACGACAUCCGCGUCGCCCUCGUCAACAUCACCGCGGGCUCCAUGAAUGCGCCGUUCUACAACACCCGGUCGGUGAAGGUCGCAUACGUCCUGGACGGCGAGGGGGAGGCCGAGAUCGUGUGCCCGCACCUGUCGCGCGGCGGCGAGGAGAGCGAGGGGCGCCGCGGCAAGGGCAAGUGGCGUGAGGAGGAAGAGGAGGAAGGGCAGCAGCAGGAGGAGGAAGAACAAGUUGGGAAGGGGUACGAGACGAUCCGCGGUCGGCUGUCCCGCGGCUCGGUGAUCGUCGUCCCCGCCGGCCACCCGAUCGUGGUGUCGUCGUCGCGCGACAGCACGCUCCAGAUCGUCUGCUUCGACGUCCACGCCGAGAACAACGAGAGGAUGUACCUCGCCGGGACGAACAGCGUGCUGAAGAAGCUGGACGCGCAGGCCAAGGAGCUAGCGUUCGCGACGAGCGCGAGGGAGGUGGACGAGCUGCUCAAUGCCCAGCAGGAGUCCGCCUUCGUCGCCGGCCCGGAGGAGAGCGGCCGCCGCGGCGAGCAGGAGGACGAAGGGCGCCACCGCGGGCGCGGCGGCGAGGCGGUGGAGACGUUCCUGCGGAUGGCUGCCGGUGCGGUGUGAGUGACCGUGACGUGCUCCUCCGCGCCGCGGCGAAGAGCGGCGCGCAGAGUGAUGCGCGAGUGCGUGCGUGAGCCAUCCAAGCUGCCGAGCUGUGAGAGUUGGGACGCGUGACGUGUGUGCCUGUAAGCUUUUGUAAGUAGGCGGGAACGAGCGAAAAUAAGUGGGUGGCUCCUCUACGUGCGAUGAUGUAUAAUAAGGCGUGUCCAUGUAAGCAAGUAAAUAAAGAAGAGUUUGC